GCAGAGUGGUGAAGAGGCAGAGACAGAGCAGAGGCAGCUUUCACUCGUUCCUCACUCUCCUCCUCUGUUAAAGGGACAGUUUUUGUUUUUGCUCUCAGGAUGUCUGAGGGUGAAUCAGCAGGAAGCAAACUGGUGUCCGUGGACUUUGAAAUCUUCGGUCACGUUCAGGGAGUCUGUUUCAGAAUGUACACAGAGAAGGAGGGUUUGAGCCUCGGGCUGGUCGGCUGGGUGAAGAACACCUACAGUGGGACGGUGGUGGGACAGGUCCAGGGUCCUGCAGACAAGGUGGAGGAGAUGAAGGUGUGGCUGAGUAAAGAGGGAAGUCCGAGCAGUCGGAUCACCAGAGCCUCCUUCACCAACCAGAGAGCCAUCGAUAAGGUGGAGCUCUCCGGCUUCAAGACUCGCUUCUGACCAAAUAAUCAAACGUACCCUGAAGGCUGUUCCCUCUGUUCGCUGGGGAGAAUCACAGAGAUCUGCUUCUACUGUUCAGACCUGUUUAAAAGCAAAGUGCCACAAUCUGAGUUUCUAUUCUCUGCCCGUGAUGCUCUUAUGAAUUCUGUGAAUGAAGACUUGUUUGUAGGAAGACUCAGGUGGAACUGAGUUCACCUGCUGUUCACCUUCCUCUGCUGGAAAAGCAUUUCACACAAUGUUUAACAGUGUUUGUGGAAAAAUGAAACAGUUCUGGUUGAAA